CACAAAAGAGCAAGAAAGACUCAAUUCUAAGACUCGGUGGUCCAAGAGCAGCUUCUACUUGUUGACAUGUGAAAGAACUUGACCAUGCGCAUACGAGUGAGAGAACGAGACUCGCAUGGCGAGUGAGUCGUAGUAUUCUAGGAAAUCUAUCGGUCGUCGUGGUCGUUUGAUAUCCUAUCAGACAAUGUCCAUGUAGUUCCUCUUGGACCCCCUGAAUUUCGCGCUUCGUCCCCUUCGGUUCAUGAUAGCUUUAUGUGGAGGAGACCUCACCACGACCACCCGUGAUCAUUAUAUCUCUCCCACAUAGCACGCAAGGAUCUUCUAGUCGCUUCAACUUCACAGGUAGGGAGGACAGUAAAGAAACACGACUUCUCGAAGUAGUUUUUCACAGGACGCAGAAAAAAGAUAGCACUCAUUCGAAGAACUGGUGGAAAAACGGACGGAUACAUUAAGCGUAUCCCGAAGCUGGGCGCGCGGACGAAUUAUUGGACCUGCAAUUGACUAUCUAUUUUUAGCGCGCAGCCGAAAACGAAAAACGUCUGCUGGGACUGGACUGAAUCAACAUUCUGGUAAGAGCUUACUUUGUCACCAUCUUGCUGAUCUCGGAAGGUAAACAUCACCAGAGCCAGUUGGUAGUAUAGUGAUUUUUCUAGUCACUAGUGAGACUGUGACUGAAAAUAUAUUUGUUCUAUCGUCUUAGGAACAGCUGAUACAUAGCCGAAAGCUUCUCAACGUCCUCAACAAGUUCGUUAAAUCAAUGCCUUACACUCUUUGGCUUUAAGAUAUUUGCUCUAUCGUCUAUAUGCGCGAUGCAUCUAUUAAUAGGGCUUAGGGGUCUCGUUAACCCAUUAUGCACAAUGCAGGUAAUAUCUGGGUCGAAAUUCAUCCCGACUUGCGUCUACACCUCCACUUCUAAGAUCGAAAAUGGUCGCUUUUGUUAUGGCCAGAUCUAAGCAUCACACUCAUUGUGUUCCACUGCCAUUUUCUUUCGUUCAACAGCCAAUGAACGAAUCACAACACUGAUUGCCAGAUGUUAAUCAGUAUAGAUACUUAUUCUACCACCACACUUGCCAGAUAGAUCUGAUGUGAUUACUGCUUCUGCUUCGGCUUACUAUCAGAAGUUGCAUCAGCUACAAGUACAACAGACGAGCGUCUCUUCAUUUUUAAGUACAUGAUGAGGCGCUAGAGUAGAGCAUUUUGGUGAGGAUCGCGCAUUCUAACUUUCCGAGAUGCCGCUUCGGGACGCUUAUUCUUAUGGUAGCACAGGAGGUGUGCGCGAUCAACAUCGAGGUCGAGGAAAAUACUCGCCAAGCGACGGGUUUUUUGGCGCUCGACGAGAGAAAACAUAGUUUGGGGCCCCAUUGGCUUGGAGGCAAGAACACGAGGAACAACCGUAAGCACAAUAAGCACAAGAGGACCAUCAAAGAGAACACCAGCAACAACCAGAUGACCACGAUGCAGAAUGACGACACAAAUUAUGGAGACGCGCUAGCUAACGACAUCAAGGAGACUCGAAUGCCACAGGGCGGAAACGAUGACGGCAGCAUUCCACCUGAAGCGAGAAACGCGAGAGCAAAUCCUACGAGGAUGAAGACGCCACAGGGCGGAGACGGUGACGGCAGCAUUAAUCCUGACCUGGGAAGCCUAGCAGAUCCUAAGAGGGCGAAAACGCCAGUGGACGCAGACGGUGACGGCAGCUGCUGCCUGACCUGAGAGACAGUGCAACCGUAGAGGAUGAAGAUGCCAAUGAGCGGAGACAGUGACACCCUGCCACCUCUCCCAGGGGAAAGAGAAGAAAUAUAUGCACGUCGACAAGGAUGAGAUCGAUAACUGAAGCGCCUCGGUGAGAAGGAUGAGAGUAGAACGCCAUGGUUGAUUCAAAUGAUUCACUUGUAUAUAGAAUGUGCAUAGAAAUUGUGAUGAAUAUAACAUCGAGAACUGAAACACGAGAAUUGGGUCGGACUAAGCGACAAAAGUAGUUUAAGACUACAUGUAGAUGUAAUAGUAAUUGUAGCAACGAUGGUUUGAUACUAAGUAGACAUGUUCAUGUUUGUUGAUAAAGUGGAAGCGCAUAAAAAUCAUGAAAAAAUACGAAACGGUCAUUAAUAUGUAAUAACAGAAUACUCAACAUGCAACAUAUGCCGCAACAUGCAACAAUGAUCAAGAGCGAUCACUUGAGACGCAUUGCCGACGUUCGAUUGUAGUUGGAAUAUGUCGAAUAUGAAUUUGGCGUGAAAUUCAGCUUGUACAACUUGUCAACAGUCACAGCUUAUGUUUAGAAAUGGAGAAAUAGAGCAGCACUCGACCAACUUCUAUUGGUUACUGGUGUUCUCCUAUACGUAUACCUAGUGUUGUUGCAGAUUGCAAAAGAGACGAGAGCUCUCUUCAG